ACGAGGACAACUUGAUUUCCCCCUCAGAUCCUCCCUUAAUACUGUAAAUUUAAGGCUCAGGGCUGAAAUAUGAGCUGAAAUGACCAAUACUCCCUUGAAUUGUUAAAAUGAGAGGGUAGAUGUCGAAAGAUACUGUCAGGGAGUGUUGAAAAGUUCCGAUUUGAAGGGAGAAAAGGGAGGUGUUUGUAUAUUAGUGUGUUUUAUGUGUGUGUUUCUGAUUUAGGCGAACAUGGAGACUGUGAUGGAGAACAGCGACACCCUAGAGGAGGUGAUCAGCUGCAACGACUCCUGCCCCAACACUCAAGACACCGCAGCUCCCAUCACCAAGCCAUCCAAUGUCCAGCACAGAAGAAACUCGUCCCUUCAGCUGCGCAAAGGCUCCCUGAACCAAGAUUCGGCCCCCAUCAGCGUUGUGUACAGGCCGAGGGAAGGGAGCAUUCAGCUGAACAAUGUGUCCGAUGGAGCGACAAGCAUUGACUCCUCGGACCCUCCCAUCUCAGACCUGAAUUUGCUCCUUGCUGCAACGUAUGUGGAAGAUUCCCUAGAUGGCAGACACUCAGACUUCAAAGUAUCUGAGAGGCAUCUGAAACUGUAUCGCUUGUACCAGAACAAGUGGGGACAAGUGAUGCUGUAUGUGUUCCUUGUGAUGCAUCUGUGCCUGGCCUUGUUUGAGAGCCCUGCUGUGCCUGGCCUUGAGAUGAGCUACUGGGUAACAAUGCUCAUGGAAACGGGGAUUCUGAUCUUCUACAUGUUCCGAGUGACACACAUAAGCAUCUUCACUCCCCUGACAAGGUUUUGGUCAGACACUAAAAAUAUUCUCAUUCUUGUGUUAAUUGGGAUUACCUUUUUAGAUAUGGUAAUAUAUAUUGGACUAACAGAGAGUGGAAUCUAUAGCGUACGGUGGUCAAGAGCUCUGCGUCCCCUGUUUGCCGUCAACUUCCCUGAGCUGCGGCAGAUUAGGCGAGCAUUUCGUAACCUGCGGCGAACUCUCCCUGAUGUGGUUAAUGUCUUGUUCCUCUUCUUCUUCAGCCUGGCCAUUUUUGCUCUCAUGGCCUACAAGUUGUUUGGUGGACGAGAUCUGAAGUGGGUGGAUGGAAGACCCUACUUUGAUUCCUACUGGGACAGCAUAUUUGACCUGUAUGUCCUGGUCACCACUGCCAACAACCCUGACGUCAUGAUGCCGGCAUUUGACAUCUCCACCUACUAUGUGAUCUUCUUCGUGGUGUUCCUGGUGAUCUGCUUCUUUAUCUACAUGAACAUCAUCCUUGCUGUCAUCUAUAACAACUACAGGAAGCACCUCAAAAAUGAGGUGAGGAAAUCUGUAUACAGCAAACGUCAGCAGCUCAGCAAGGCAUUUGAGAUCCUCGCCUCUAAUCUCAGAAACAAACGAGUGGUGACAAGAACAAGGUUUGUGCAGCUGAUGAAGUUUCUGGAUGAUAAGAAGAAUCCAACGCUCAUCAACGUUCUGUGGAUUGUGCUGGACUCAGAUGGCUCAGAUUACUUGGAGAAAGGUGAAUUCCUCAAGCUUGCAGACUUGCUGAAUGUGGAGGUGUCUGAGGUGGUGGACCGAACUACACUGAUUGGCCACUACUUGCCCACACUCUACAACUCCAAGCCAUCAAAAAUGAUCUGUGCUAUAGUGAAGAACAGAUUCUUUGGUAUUUUCUUUGACAUCCUGACACUGGUGAAUGCGGUGGUGAUUGGCAUCGCUAACAACGACGACACAUGGGAUGACGCGGCAGAGUGGGUCUUCCUCUCUCUCUUCAUGCUGGAAAUAUUCUUGAAGCUUUAUGUCUUCGGUGCCCGCCGCUUCUUCAAAAAAGUGUGGAAUGUGUUUGAUUUUGUUGUGAUUGGUGCAGCGUUCAUCAUGGGAGUCGUGGAGGCUGUAAUGGCUGAUGAGCAGGAGAGUCGUCUGUCCUUGGAUGUGCUGCUGGUGCUUCGUGUGCUGCGUCUCGUCAAGAUCAUCGGCAGUGUCAAUCGCUUCAAGGUCAUUGUGCACACCAUCACGAAGAUCCUCCCUUCCCUUCUCACCUACGGGGCUGUCAUGCUGGUGUUUUACUAUAUCUUUGCCAUUGUGGGGAUGGAAGCGUUUCAAGGGCUGGUGCGGUUCUCAGGCUACACCGCAGGCUCUGAACUCUACUGCGGGAAUGAGAAGCUGCAGAACUCAGACUUCUGGCGAGACCACUACUGCAACAAUAACUUCAAUGACGUCAUCCAUGCCUUCAUUGUUCUCUUUGAGCUCACAGUCGUCAACCAGUGGCAUGUUAUUGCCUAUGGUUAUGCCACUGUGACUGACCCCUGGGCAAGGCUCUACUUCAUCCUCUUCCACCUCACUUGUGUCAUUGUGGUUCUCAACAUCUUCACAGCCUUUGUCCUGGAGGUGUUCAUCCUGGAGUACACGGCCAGCUGUCAGGGUUAUCUGGAGAGUCAGAUGGAGAAGAAGAUUCAAGAAAUGGGACUCAGCUUCAGAAAGAAGAGGCCGAGAGCCAUGUCGACCGUGAGUAAUGAAAACCUGGUGGUGUCCGAUAGUUCAGAGUCUGAGGAGGAGACAGAAUCAGCACCUCACCCUCCAACAGUAGAGGUUGAUGGAGGAAUAUCCCCAGGAGUUUCACAGUUCUAUGCUUCAGGCAUUGAUAUCUCUUCAGAAACAGAUGUCCGCUUUCACAUCUCAAAAAGAUUGAAGAACACGGAGAUCCUGCUGCAGAAGAUGUUUGAGAAGGAGCUGAGCACUCAUGACUUGGGACCAAACAUUGAGAGUCUGGACCAGGAUCUUCAGGAUGAGCAUGCAUACCUGGUCAGUCAGAACCACACACUAUGGAGCCUCUGAUGCUGCUGCUGCUGCUGUGGUGUGAUACCCUCAAGGAUGCUGCUGUGAAGCCAUCCUGCCCUUGAGGUGUUGGGUUGUGUUUGGUAGGUCUGUCAGUAUCUGCAGGAGGGUGCAUUUGUGAACAGUUGCUAAAGUUCAGAUCUGAGUUGAUAAGUCAUCAUUGUCUUGAUGUCUUCCAUAAAGUGCUCAUCCUAUUUGUGGUAAUUUAACUGGAGACUUUUAUAUAUCUGCCUUUCUUCAUCUCUCAGGUGAACAAAUUGAAUAUGUAGACAAAUAUCUAGGUGUGUACAAACCAGACUCAUGUCUCCAGAGUUGUAUGGCUGAGAUAUGGUAUCAGUAUACAAACAUAUAGAUAUGAGACAAGAUAUUGAUAUGCAAACAUACAAAUAUUGAAUGAGUGAUAGAUAUACGUACACAUCUUUGGCAGCUUUACCGGCAGCACAUCUCACCUAAUAAAGCAUCUUGUGCAUAAAUCAAACGGGUAAUUUAAAAGUCUUAAGGUAGAAACAUUAUUAUUUUAGGGAGGCUGUUUUAAGGGAGGAAAGACAGCACUUGUGAGAUGUUAUGGCUAAAGAUUCUGUGUUCAUUUUUUCUACUUCUUCCAUUCAACUGUAGAUCUGAAAAUAUAACUGAAUAGAUAUUAGUCUUCCUUGCAGGGAAAGAUCUUCCCUCAGCCAGUGUGGUAAAUGUAUAUCUGAAUACUUGAGUCUUGUGAUAAUUUAUUCUGCUCUGUUGAUAUUACUGUGUGAAUGGAAAGUUUAAGAAUGCAUCAAGUUUUAUCAAGUAGUUUAGUAAUGUUACUAUUCUCAAUAAUAUAUGUAUAAUUUAUAUUGAUCUUGUAUUUAACAUAUUUAAAGUACAACAUGUAGAGGACUACAUGAGUGGAGCUGUGGCAAAGGAAGCCCUUGUCCUCGAUAGCAGACACUGUAUCUGAAAGUCAUAAUUUAUUUCCUAUAUAACAUGAAUGCAUGAAUGAUUCUGUAGUUGUAGUAUUUCUAAGAUGUUAAUUCCAUAAUUAGGGAAAGUAUUUAACCAUUUAAAUAUUUCAACAUUUAAUAUAGAUCUUUGAAACUUAAUUAGAUUUUAUAUGUAGUAAGUUUUGAUAUGUUUGUGCCAUGUUAUAAGAAUUAAUUUCAGAAAUUUUAAUUGUUAUGCAUAGAGAAUAAGUUUUCUGCUGGUGGAGAUUGUUAGAUAUUAGUCAUUACCAAAGACUUAAAGCACCUGAACAUAAUGUAGACUAAUUGAAACUAUGAGUCAAAGAUAUCUUUAGUAAUAAGAAUUACUGUCUUUCAAGCUCAUGUCUUGUGGAGAUUUUAUGGGUGAUGAUCAUUAUUAAAUCUGUUGUCUAAAA